AUGAAUAGUUUUGUGUUGCUAUUACUGAUAUCUACACUUAUCCUUGCCACUGUUUGUUUGGACUGUGAGACCAAAAACGAUUGCCGAAAAUAUUGCGAUAGAAGUUGUGGCAACCCAGCUGUGCCGAGAUGUGCUAGUUUCUUCUGUAAAUGUCGAUGUCCAAGAAUCGAAAAAGGUAAUACAAAAGGCCAAUUUUAGAGGCUUAGGUUAAAGUACAUAUAUUUUUUAUUGUUCACAAUAAGCCCAACGCUAAAAAUUUUUUAUUUCUGUCAAGCCUUCAUAUGUCUUCAUAGUCGGUACUAGUUUGUAAAAGACCGAUUUUAUUUUAGUUCCUGAUUGCACAAGCCCCAAGUGUUUAUAUACCUGUGGUUCAUUGGGAAGUCAUUUUGGAGAUCAAUGUUUAGAUCACAACUCUUGUUUAUGCUAUCAUGAUUAA